UUUUCUCGUUCUGUCGUUCUCCACUGUCCUUCUCCUUCUUCCCCCUCCCUCCACUCCACCUUUUCUCUCACUGAGUUCUUCUUCCCCUUUCCUCCCUCUCUCGCUCCCUCUCACAGAAUGAGCUCAGUUUGUGAGGUGACGAGUGAGGUUUGAAUUGUCGAGGACCUUCUUCUUAUACUUUACCUCUUCACUGCAACUAGUUUUUUUUAUCUCUGCCUAAAAAAUGACGGUUCUACCGGUGUCUAAUCUGCCACUGGGGUUCCGGUUCCGUCCGACGGACGAGGAGCUCGUGAAUUACUACCUGAAAGGAAAAAUCAAGGGCCGGAAGGACGGAGAUGGGAUAAUCCCCGAGGUUGACGUCUGCAAGUGGGAACCCUGGGAACUGCCUGGGAUGUCGUUGAUCCCUUCGGUUGAUCCAGAGUGGUUCUUUUUCUGUCCCCGGGACCGGAAAUACCCGAAUGGUCAGAGGACAAACCGGGCGACGGGGUCGGGGUACUGGAAGGCCACGGGAAAGGAUCGCAGGAUCAAGGCGAAGAAGGACGCAAAGCUGAUAGGGACGAAAAAGACUCUGGUUUUCUACCAGGGGCGGGCCCCGGAAGGGAAGAGGAGGAAUUGGGUAAUGCACGAGUAUCACGCCAAUAAGUGCGAUGAUUUGAAUGGUCUGCAGGAUGCCUUUGUCCUUUGCCGUCUAUUCAAGAAGCCUGAAGAAAAUGGAGCCAGCUCUAAGUGCGACCUUGUGGAUCCUAGUGGAUUUUCUCCUACUGCAAGCAAAUCCGUUCCUGAUGAAGAUAUGUGUGGUGAACCGUUUGACAGUCCAGGAGAAGAGGAACUGGAGCCAGACAAACAAGAGGUUCUGCAUACUGCAGCUGCAACUGUAGUAGAGGAACAACAAGACCAAAUUGAUCUUGUUCAGUCACUGCAGCAGAUACUGGAUGUGUCGUCUGAUUCACCUCUAGAAAAUGCAACCACUGGCAGCAAUUACAUGGCUGAUCAAGAAGUGGAUGCAUCUAGUUUGUUUAAGGAGCCAAGUCUUGAGUCACUCGAGUCCUUGGGCGAUGACUUCCUGAAAAGCUUAUCUACUUGCCAACCGUUUAAUUUCUUCCCACCAUUUGAUGGUGGAUGCGAAACUGGCUUGGACAACGGGCUCUUGUCCCCAGACAAUGUUUGCGGCCGGUGCAUUCUCCCAGACUCUUCUAUGGAAGCAGCACAUGAGAUGUUUGACAUCGGUGACAUUCCUUUUGGAGAAUCCUUUGGAUAUCAAACGUAUAUACAAAAUAUUGAAAAUGAAAGCGAGACAGGGAUUGACAUUCGUACACGUGAACCAACAAAUUAUGUAAAUCAAAUAAUGCCAGCUCAGGGAACUGCUCCCAGAAGGAUUCACUUGCAUGUGACUACUGAUAACCCAUCUGCUGAUGAUGAUCACAAUGAAGGGGUACCAAGUAUUAACUGCACCUUUGCUGGAGAAGCGAGACCCCCACUACGAGCAAAAUCAACUUCUUCUCAUCCUUUGAGGUCCAGACUGAGGUCAAAAUUGAACUUGCUUCAAGUUACAAAGGCUGAGACAUCACAUCAAAAUGGCACCACUUCGGAGGUGAAAGCAAGAGGUCUUGCAAACAACGUUACGGAUGCAUUGUGCAGUGAAAGUGCUCCUGGUUAUCCGGACAUUAUACAUCCAUAUAACGUUCGCAUAUCUACGAAAGGUGAAGUGAUGAAAGAGGGCAAAGUGCUGAGACCAAGAUCUCUAUCCAUUGGGGCAAAGGAUAUCAGUAAGAAGCCACUGUUUCAGCAGCGUUUCUCUAAGCCUUGGCUUGUGAUGUUCCUUCUUGCAGCGAUAACGAUAUUGCCCGUCGUGCUUGCACUAUUGUGGCGAUUUCAAAAGCUUUCUUGAUGUAGCGUCAUUGGCCAAAAACCUUCUUGUUUUGUUCUUCGGAGGAAAAAGGAUAAUAAAUAAUCAGUCUGUCAUCUGUACAUAAUAACUGUACUGGUAUUAUGCCACGGGUUCUCUAGCUAGCCUGUUUUUGCCUUAUGUUGCCACCUUUCUUUUCUAUUAGGAUGGCAAGCCAUAUUCUUGUGUAUUUUGCUCUAGCGGAGGGCUUGAUUAUUGUAAUGCCUGGUGUACAUGAUAACAAUACUAGAUCAGAACAGUGGCCUUGUGCAUGGUUAACAAUCACAA